ACCGCUGAAGCUGCGAUGAGUGAGAACGGCGGACCUGCUGCCAGCCCGGGUUCGCUUAUUAGACGGUCUGAGAGUGCGCGUAGCUACACGGACACACUGUGCUAGGCUGUAUUUCAGCGACGUUAGCGAGUAAUACGGGUGAGCGCGACCCCGCAGAGACAGGAGCAACGGUCACGGUGGAAACUGCGUCUGUCGUCGUUGCAUAGCUACCGCUAGCUAGCAAGCUAAUCAUGGCCAGCGCCGCGAACACAAACAUGAACGCCGUGCGGGAAACGAUGGAUGUUCUUCUGGAGAUUUCAAGGCUUCUGAACACCGGGCUGGACAUGGAGUCGUUGUCCAUAUGUGUCCGUCUGUGUGAACAAGGCAUCAACCCUGAAGCCCUAUCAUCAGUCAUAAAGGAGCUACGUAGAGCCUCGGACUCGUUGAAGGUCUCUGAAAACAGUACAAGUCAAGGAUAACUAGUCUCAGCUUCUCCAUCAGUAGCACAACCACGAUCUCAGCCUCCGCAUUUUUAGUUAAAGACUUGAUGUUUGGAAUGCGUUUCUUCCUGAGACGGGUGUGUUUUAAAUAAUCAACUUGAUUGACUGGAUUUGAUCAGUUUUUACGUGCCUCAGUUUCUAUGUGAAGCACUGUUGAGCGAGGAUGACUUUCCUUACGUUUUGGUUUUGACCAUCAAGCCAUCCGUUUGUUUUUCUUCACUUUGUGAAACCUUCAGCUGUUCAGUUUCUGAUGAGUACAGUAUGAUGGCUUUUUUUCUUGUGCACUUAAUGAUCCCUCUUUAGGGCUAUCUGUGCUCUUUGUUCACAGAGUGUAUUUAUAAAUAUCUCCAGUAUUUUA